GAGAAGCUGUGUCUGCUGCAGAGUAAGCAGGAGUCCGAAUGUAUUUAAUAACGCUGUUUAAAUCAGGUGCUUGAUUUGAAGUCUGUGAUUGAGCUUCAUGAACGUUUUUGGACGUAACGGAGGAAGUUAGUGAGGAAGGAACGAUGGUGGACAGCAGCGUGUUUGAUCUGGACUACUCGUCAUGGACUCUGCGUGUGCAGCUCACCUGCCUGGGCUUCGUCUUCUACAGCGUCGUCUUCCUCCUGUCUCACUUCCUGUCUGUCCUGCUCUCCAGAACGUACCGAGAUCUGUCUGCCCGGGAGAAGGUGUUCUGGGCACUGGCCGCGGCGCGGGCGGUCUUCGGCGUGCAGGGCGCGGCCGCCGGCCUGCGGGCGCUGAUGGAGGAUGGCCCCCUGUUUGCCGAUAAGGUCCUGGGACAGGCGGGCUGGUCGUGGUUUAACGUCCUGACGUCCUGCGGGUUCUUCGUGUUCGAGAACCUGGCGCUGCACGGCUCCAACGCCGUGUUCAGGACCUUCGAUCCGGCCCUCGCCGUUCACCACGCCUUCGCCCUGGCAGGAUACGCCGGCACCGUGGUGUGGGAGGAGAUGGGUCACUUCCUGCCCAUGGUCACCCUGCUGCUGGAGAUGAGCACGCCCUUCACCUGCGUCUCCUGGAUGCUCCUCAAGGCCGGCUGGUCCCACACGCUCUUCUGGAGGAUGAACCAGUGGAUGAUGAUCCACAUGUUCCACUGCCGCAUGGUGCUCACCUACUACAUGUGGUGGGUGAGCUGGUGCCACUGGGAGGGGCUGUGUACCCACGUGGCGCUGCCGCAGCUGCUCAUCUUCUUCACCGGCCUGGCGCUGCUCACGCUCGUCCUCAACCCCGUCUGGACCCACAAGAAGACCAUGCAGCUCCUCAACCCCGUCGACUGGAACUUCAGCAAACCGGCGCCGCAGAACGGCCCGCGCGGGGGGAAGGAGCACGCCGGCUGAGCUCGCAGCAGGGGCUUCUGGGAAAUGUAGUCAUCUGAUAGAGACUGAGAAUGUGCUUUGGUUAUGAAAGCGCUUGAAACGAGGCUAUUGUUGUUUAUUUUUAUUUAUUGUGACAUUUUUAUGGUGGUUUAAUUGACUUCUUUGGUCAGUUGAUGUA